AAAUAUUUCAUUUAUAGAGUCCACUCACCACCAUCAGCGAAUCAUCUAAUCCUCCACUCCAGUGUUGUUUGAGAACCUACAUUGUCAAUCAUCUUUCACCAUGGCCAUUCGAACCCUAUUCACUAGAAAAACCCUAACCUCUAUUCUCCGCAAUGAUCCAAACCCAAUUGUUGCAGGCAUAGCAGCAUCAACUCAAUCCCGUGACUUGCAUGUCUUCACGCUACCCGAUCUCGCUUACGACUAUGGCGCGUUGGAGCCUGUCAUCAGCGGCGAAAUCAUGCAGCUCCAUCAUCAAAAACAUCACCAGACUUACGUUACCAAUUAUAACAAAGCUCUCGAACAGCUUCACGAUGCCGUCGGUAAAGCCGAUUCAUCAACCACCGUUAAGCUUCAGAAUGCCAUCAAGUUCAACGGCGGAGGUCACAUCAACCAUUCUAUUUUCUGGAAAAACCUGGCUCCUGUUCGUGAAGGAGGUGGUGAACCACCAAGGGAUUCUCUGGGAUGGGCCAUUGACACUCAUUUUGGCUCUUUAGAAGCAUUGAUACAAAAGAUUAAUGCAGAAGGUGCAGCCCUUCAAGGGUCAGGAUGGGUGUGGCUUGGUCUUGACAAAGAAUUGAAGAGGCUUGUGGUUGAAACCACUGCAAACCAGGACCCACUGGUUACUAAAGGACCAAGUUUGGUUCCAUUGCUUGGUAUAGAUGUUUGGGAACAUGCCUACUACUUACAGUACAAGAAUGUUAGACCAGACUAUUUGAAGAACAUUUGGAAAGUUAUUAACUGGAAAUACGCCAGUGAAGUGUAUGAGAAAGAGAGCUCUUAGUCUAAAGUGCUGCUUGGUGUGGAACUUGGGACAACAGGUUUGCAGCGCGGUUAGAGAUGGAAUAAAAUGAUGUGAAGUAAUAGUUAAGAUCUUCCUUUGGGUGUUGGUCAUUUUCUAAGAAGUAACAGUUCAUGUACUUGACUUUAGAACCUUGAGCGCAAUGUGGCUGCAUUCCUUGUAGUAAAAUACCUGAGAUGGUCAUAUGCCGUAUGGAUUUUCUGAUAUUCGGAUAAGUUACUGUUUUUUUUCUUCUUCUUGGAUGUAAUACCUUUGUUCCAAUAAGAGUCUCUUGCGUGAAAUUCUGGCUCUCUAACUAAGCUUCUUUUGUGGGAAGAACAAGUAGGAGUUAUCAGUGCAUGUUUGAAUGGAAUUGUUUAUAUGAAA